AUGCUCUUUCGCUCGGCAGCCCAGCGCCUCUCAGCGUCCUCUCUCCCCCUCAGAUCUGCCUCAUCCAGUCGGAGAACCUUUACUUCCACACGGCCCGGGUUCAAUGCUUCCAAAGGAUCCAGUGCCUACAGAGAAGGGCUCGCCCAGUACAAGACCUUCGCGAGUCCCUUCGCCAAGGUGUUCUUAGGGGCCAUUUUCACCUACCAGGUUAUCUACUGGACUUGGUUGAAGCUAGAGAUGGAUGAAUCCAAGUUCGAGAAAAAUCAAGAGGUCGCGGCUCUCGAGAAGAAAGCAAAGGAAUUGACGAAUGCUCAAAAGUGA